AAGAACAGCAUUGUGGGUAAAAAAGGCAGACCGUUGUUUACCAUGGCGACGGGGACGCUACCAUCUGUCGUCAACAGAUACAAAGUGCCUCUUAUUACAUUAUUACUGUUAAUAUACGCAGAUCUACUUCACUGUCAGCAGUUUGUCAUCCCGUUUAAGGCUCCUUCAGACUGUAGUGCGGAGGAGUUCUUCGAUAUCUCGAGUGUUUCUUGUAGGAGGUGCGGUUCUAAUCAGCAACGGAGCUCAACAGGACUGAGCUGCAUUUGCAAAACUGGUCACCAAACUCUCACCAUUGACAAGGCGUCCAUCACUUGUCUGCAAUGUCCCACUGACAAACCCGCAGUAACUAAAGAUGGGUUUGGGUGUAUUCGCUGUCCGCGCAAUAACAGUGAUGAGGGGAAGUGCCAGUGCCUAGAAGGCGAUAUCCUGGUGGAGAGAGAUGUCAAUGGAAACCUUUUGGAUGAGGCCAGAUGUGAAACGUGUAAUGGAAACUCCCCUGGUUUGUCUGUUCCAAACCGCAGCGGAGACAGGUGUGAGAGAUGUCAGGCUUCCUUCAUUGCCACCUCCUGUAUGUGUAACUCUCCUAAUGUCCUGGCUGGAGGAUUGUGUUUCCCUGAAGACAGCCCCCCCACCAAUGUGAAUCCCAGUGUCAACUAUGAUCAGCUGAAGUUCAGCGUCCAGUCGGCCUGGUUCAUCCGAAACCUGUACUCCUCGUAUGCAGCCUGCUUUGUCUUCUCCAACCUGACGGCGUGCCAGGCUCUCGGGAACAUGUGUGUGAUGAAUAUGCACUCCUUCCGCGGCGUCUCCACCGAUGCCUGCGGCCUCUUUAACACCAUCUUCAGAUCCAGGGCAGCUCUGAGCUCAACUCAAGACAUUUCCUACUGGAGAGUUAAUCUGCCAUGGCUUUACUACGGGGACGAACCAGGACUGGCCAGUCGAGUGCUUCAGACCGAUCCUGUUCCCAUUAGUUUCAGUUUCAGAGGAAGAAACAAGAACACUGACAUUAAACUGCUUGCUGCUGUUUAUAAUGUCAGUGGAGAGUUCCUCAGAUGGGAAGCAGUAGGAGGACGUAAUCUCCAGCUUUGUCCAGAAACCACCACCAAACAGGCAGCAGCCUUCAGUUUUGGAACCGCUUACCAAGAAAGUUGUGAUCUCUCGGUAGAAGAGCUGUUGGACACCCAUCCCGAGCCGCUGUUCUAUGAUGUGUUUAUGGAUCUCGGGGGAGGAGAGGACAGAAAGCUUCUCCCCCUGCCUACACUGGUCUAUAACCAGCAAUACAACGGACGGUUCAUCAACCGAGAGAGCAUGAAGGACUGGUACUUGUCUCGACGUAUGUUUGUCAUCGACACGCUGAGUGGAAGAGAGAAGAGUUCUCCCCGGCCCAAAGUCAUCCGUGUAGCCAGCAGUGUCAAAAUAAGGUUCCAGGUGGUUCCACGAACGCAGGAAGGACAGAUAUAUCCCCCUCUAAUGACUGUGACCUACAGAGACGUUCCCAUCACGGACAUCAAGACUCAAACUGUUACUACAACGUUUGCUGUGGAGUAUGAGAUGGACCAGAAGGAGGCUCGCAUUAAGACCGAUACCGCUCUGGGUGUGAUGGGUGGUUUGGCCAUCCUCUACUCUCUGCUGAAGACAGUCAGCUGGAAGAGGAGGGUCAACUCUUCGAACGUCGACGUGGGGAGUAUGCUGAGGUUUUUGUUGUUUUAUGCCGGAGAUCUGGCCAAUGUUUUCUUUGCCGUCACCGUGGGAACUGGACUUUACUGGCUCAUCUUUUACAAGACGUUAAAGGCCCAACAGUUUGUAUCAGUGCUGUUACCACUACCUGCUCAGGAAGAGCAGUUUGUGACGUACAUCGGUUGUGCCUUCGCUCUCAAGGCUAUCCAGUUUCUCCACAAGCUGGUCCUUCAGGUGUCAGUCGAUGUGUUCUUUAUUGACUGGGAGAGGCCACGAAGCAAAGCCAGCAGGCCUGUGCAAGUUUCAGCUGCUGGUGAGCCGAAACGUGACCCCUCUCCGGUCAGCAUCUGGAGAACCUACUUUGUGGCCAAUGAGUGGAACGAGAUCCAGACCAUCCGCAAGAUCAGCCCGACUUUUCAGAUCAUGGCUGUGCUCUUCUUUCUUGAAGUGCUGGGUUUCUCUAACCUGGCCCUGAGGGACCCCUGGUCAACUUUACAGCGCUCCCCACAGGCGUACACCCCCUCAUACAGCCUGAUGCUGCGCUACGGUCUGGCAGCCACGCUGUGGCUCUGCAUCGGACUUCUGCAGGUGAUUUUCUUCACUGUGUUUUAUGAGCACUUUGUGGAGAACAAAAUCCGUCAGUUUGUAGAUCUCUGCUCCAUCAGUAAUAUUUCAGUGCUUCUGUUAUCCCACAAUUGUUUUGGCUACUACAUUCACGGGCGUUCAGUACAUGGGCAUGCAGACACAAACAUGGAGGAAAUGAACAACAACCUGAACAGAGAAUCUGAGUCCCUGUGUGGUCAGAGAGGUCUACUUCCCAACUCAGAGAUCCAGACCUUUCAGGUGUCUCUCACCAACCACCUGCGGUCACAGUAUAACAGGAUACGGGAGCAGAUUGGCAGGAGGCGCGGGCCAUCGCGGCUGAUAGACUCAGGCUCGGUUAACCAGUUUGAGCAGAUGGCCAGGGGCUACCAGACCAUGAACCACUUCCUUGGAUCCGUUAUAGACCAUGCUCACCCUGACAUGGACUACAUGGUGAAGGACAAGCUGAUGUUUGAGAGGGUCAUAGGGAUGGAGUUCCUUGAACCCAAUGAAAAAAGCAUAUUUUACAAUGAUGAGGCCCACUCCUUCAGCGAUGUGCUGUUUUAUGGAAACGAGGCCACGCUGCUGAUCUUUGACACUUUGUUCUUCUGUGUCGUCGACCUUGGAUCUCAGAGCUUUGUACUUGCAGCCGUGCUCACAUGCGUACAGCAAAUGAUAUUUCGCUUGAUCCGCAACACUCUCGGAAGGAAGAACCUCGUCAGCAAGACUCUGGUGGACGAGCGGUUUCUGAUAUAAAAUUCCCUGCUACGUGAUCGGUAGCGUCAGUGUUGUUUAGUGGCAUUCCUCUCAAAGAUGUUUACUGCUCACAGCUUGUGCAGCUCUUUUUUUGUACACAGUAUUUUCACUGCUGUUUCAUGAUGUAAAUAUACUUUUUGUAAAGAUUUUGAUGUUUUUAUUGAUUAAAAUGUUUUGAUAUUAA